AUGGCUAGUCGGAGAAUAACUUUGCUGAUCAGUUUAUUAACUAUCUUGAGUUUUUCAUUUGAUCAAUAUGUGAAGGUCUCUUUUGCAGUUGCGUCAAAGUCUCGUCUUUUUGCAUCUGAUUCAAAUGGGGGGUUGCUUCAAGGUCAAGGAGUUAGGGCUGCUUAUUGGCCCUCAUUUACUGGCUAUCCUGCUUCUUCUAUUGAUACAUCAUAUUUUUCUCACAUUUACUAUGCAUUUGUUCUGCCAUCUCCCACGACUUAUGCACUUGACAUCACGCCCGAUGAUGUAGAGAAGUUACUUGAGUUUUCAAAUUCAACGAAUAGUUGGAAUCCGCCUGCCAAGACAAUUUUGUCCAUUGGGGGCGGUGGAGGUGGUGAUUUACCCGGUAUUUUCUCUCAAAUGGCUAGUCAAGAGUAUUCUCGAGCUACUUUUAUAAAUUCUACUAUUAAAGUAGCUCGAGAUUACAAUUUUGAUGGGAUUGACCUUGAUUGGGAAUUUCCAUCAAAUGAGUCUGAUAUGUCAAACCUAGGUUUGUUGUUUAAGGAAUGGCACGAGGCACUUGAAUAUGAGGCUAAUGUUACUAAAAGUCCUCGACUUAUAUUGACAUCAGCCGUUUAUUAUGCGUCUAGCAUUUCCUUUGAUGGUGGACCUCGAUCAUAUCCAGUCAACGCUAUAAGUCAAUAUGUUGACUGGAUUAGUCCAAUGUGUUUCGAUUAUCAUGGCUCUUGGGAAAAUUUCACAGGAUUGCAUUCUGCAUUGUAUGAUCCAAAAACCAAUCUUUCCACAGAUUUUGGUAUCAAGUCUUGGAUUCAAUCAGGACUUCCUCCAAACAAGAUUGUAUUGGGACUGCCACUCUACGGUCCAACAUGGUCCCUUCAGGAUCCAAAUGACAAUACGGUUGGGGCCCCUACUACUGGGACGGGCCCUGGAAGUGGCCUAUUGAUCUAUUCACAAGUUGUUGAUUUCAAUCGAGACAAUAAUGCAACGGUUGUGUUUGAUCAGACUCGGGUUUCCUAUUACUCUUAUUCAGGAGAUUCAUGGAUUUCAUAUGAUGAUAUUGGGUCGAUCAAAUCCAAGGUCCAUUAUGCUCGGGCUCAAGCUUUAGGUGGGUACUUCUUUUGGGCCUUAGGCCAAGAUUUGGAUUGGGAUAUUUCAAGUACAGCUUCACAAGCAUGGUUAGCUUGA